CACAAGCCUCAUCAUUUGUGGAAGGUGCCGACUCCAUUCGCAAGCCACGCUUUCCACCCUGUGGAUGGCUUCCUUCAGAGCAUCCCUUACCACAUCUACCCGUUCCUUUUCCCUCUGCACAAGGUGACCUACUUGGGCCUCUACAUCUUCGUCAACGUUUGGACGAUCUCCAUCCACGACGGGGACUACCGCGUCCCCGAUGCCUUGAAGCCGAUCAUCAACGGGGCCGCCCAUCACACCGACCACCACCUGUAUUUCGAUUACAACUACGGCCAGUACUUCACGCUCUGGGACAGAAUAGGAGGCUCGUUUAAAAACCCGUCCUCUUUCGAAGGGAUGGGGCCACACGAUUGCUUGAGAAAGCUGAAAGAGAGCGCAUCAAGCAGCAUGACAAAUGGUUGUGGGGUUGAGAAAACGCACAGUGGAAACAGUCUUAAAAACAAAUAGGCAGAAAGUCUUAAAACAGCCUUUGUUUUUAAAGAAAACUGCAUCCAGGUAGAACUGACCUCUUAUGUAACACCGUGAGGCUUCUGGCACUGUAGAUCUUGCCAAGGGAUGGAAUUUUGCAAUUGACACCCACAGUGUUGUGCAGUGGACCUUGCGUGGUAAAGACGUUACUAAGAUGCCUUCACUGUUGAUAACAAUAGAACAUAAAUUCUAAUGAAGACAGUAUGUUCCAUAUCGGAAUGACACCCCUCCCCCUUUCUCCCAAGAUGCCUAGGAGUCAAAACCAGGCAAGUGAGUUCUGCCGUUGCCACUGGAAUGAGACGAAAAGCCCUGCGUCAGCUUCCUGUGCUGCUUUGCGUGAUGUCAGAGUUUUCCUUCAGCUCUGGAGCCCACG